AUAUACCACAAGUCAGCGCGGUAUACUACAUAAAUUAUUAGAUUAACCCGAAGCAAACAGCGUAGAAAAUCUGUAAAUAGAAGUUAUUAAGGGGACACAACUAUGGAUAAAACAAUGCCAGAGAAAAAUCAUAGCGAGGAAGCAGAAGGCAAGAUAUCCGUUCUUGAAGAUGAAAACGGGGAACAGUAUAAAGUUGUAACAUUUGAAGAGAUGGUAAUGCCAGUUUCAAUAUUGAAAAAAGGGCUCAACACGCGGCUUACCUAUGUAAAGAAAUUUCCGUAUCAAGACGGGGAUGUGCUUGUCAGUAGCUAUCCGAAAACAGGAACACACUGGACAGCGAAUCUUUUACACUUCCUCAUGUAUGAUGGUCCACUGGACACACUGGUGUCACAUCCACCUUGCCUUCUAGAUGCUUUGAACUAUGAGGAUUGGCCACAAAAACGGGAUGGUAACAGAAUAAUAGUGUCACAUUAUCCGGCAAAACGAUUACCAGCCGAACAUUUUGAAAAAGGCGGGAAAACGAUUGUUGUGUUCAGAAACCCAAAAGAUACAGCAGUGUCAAUGUUUCAUCAAUUACGGAAGUUAAAGUUGUUCGGCGAGUUCAAAUUAUCUUGGAACAGUUACAUUAAUUACUGGAUGGACGGCAAAACGCCUCAUGGAUCAUAUUUUGAUUACUACAACAACUGGCAACAGCAGAUCAAACAGAAACCCGAACAAAAUGUUUUAGUGGUACAGUAUGAAGACUUGAAAAAGGACAGCUUGAAUCAACUUCGGAGGAUUCAGAAUUAUCUUGGACUAAAUCAUUCAGACGAACGACUUCAAGCUGUGCUGGACAAAUGUUCACUUGGAAACCUAAAGGCUGAGGUAGAAAAUGGUAAAGUAAAGACACCUCUAAUUGAUGAAAAGGGGAAAUCAAUUCUCUACAGAAAAGGAGUAAUCGGAGACUGGAAGAACAAUUUCACUGUUGCCCAAAAUGAAAAGAUGGAAGAACUUGUUGAAGAGAAAUUUAAGGACAGUAUGUUCAAUUAUAAUGUUUGGAAUUGUUAACAAGGCAAAAGCCAGUGCUGAUAAACAAAAUAUGUUCAUUAAUUAGUCAAUGUACUGCUUGUACUAGAGUAAAACAUUAUGUUGAAUUCCAAAGCAUGCAUAUUGCUAGCAUGUCGUGAACCUGCAAGUGAUAAAGAAGACGGUUGUGAUUACGCAUUUUUGUCCUGGUACUGCCGGAUGUCGUUUAAAACUAUACAUAUAAAUUAAAGGAAUUAAAGAUCUCUUAUAAAACAGCAUGGACAGAAUGUGUGGUGUACAUAUAUAUUACAUAAAUGGAUUUAGUGACUGAUCGGUAUAAAUGUCGUCAAUAUAUAUUUCGACCUUUUUCGUAAGAAAGUUUGAAUUUUGUAGUUCUGCACAGUGUGUUCGGCAAACCAUGAAUGCUUCUACCUUGGUACAUUUGCCGUUAGAGAUGUCUGCAAACUGAGAUUUGAUAUAUUCCCUUCCGCCAAAUUAUAGGCAUAUUCAUAUUGAUUGAACGUUUGGUAUCAUAUUUUAACAGUUACAAACCAGUAAUCGAGAAUUGAUUUGUGUUAUUGUACAAAAUUUGUGUUAUUGUUCAAUGUUGUUUUACAUUGAAAUAAAAUUGAUGAGGAA